AGAUGAAGGACAUCAACCUAAAGUGGAAAACUAUAAAAGCACGGCCUUCUUCCUCCCACCAAAAAUAACGAACUCUCUCACUCACCACCGCCAAGCCCAAACAGUAACUAACAACCCCUAAUGGAGAAGCUCAAGUCCUUAGUUCCCGAGACCCUAAAGCAAAUGAUCGCAGAGAGCACUACUGACGAUCUGCCCGGCACGUGUUCUUCUCUCCUCGACUUCCUUCUCCAUUUCGAGCCGUUCCAGCAAAUGGUUAAUGACCUGACGGACCCGGAAGCUGCGCUGUGUGGGAAGAAUAAAGAGGAUGCUUUGGAGAGUAAGCAGAAGGGGAAUAGGUGCUUCUUGAGUGGUGAUUUUGCUAAUGCUUUGGAUUUCUAUACCCAGGCAUUGCGAGUUGCUCCAGUGGAUGCAUAUGAACAAGACCGAAAUCUGGUUGCUACCUUGUAUGUGAAUCGGGCUUCUGUAUUGCAUAAAAUGGGGCUUGUGAGGGAGUGUGUAAGAGACUGCAACCGGGCGCUUCGGAUUUCUUCAAACUAUGCCAAGGCAUGGUUUAGAAGAGGCAAGGCAAAUGCAUCUAUGGGAAAAUAUGAGGAUGCAAUACGGGACUUGGAUGUAGCAAGGAUUGCGGAGUCAUCAGUUGGUGGGAAGAAACAGAUAGAAAGUGAGAUGAAAAUAGUUUUGGACCAACAGUAUAAAGCAGCAAGUCCAUCGACACAACAUAAUCAGAAUAACUCAAAUCUGUUGGAUGAACCACACCAAAUGAAAUUACAAUGUGUCACCACACCCGAGAAAGGAAAGGGUUUGGCUUCCACGGUGGACAUUCCUCAAGCAUCCUUGGUACAUACCGAAGACCCUUUUGCAACGAUAAUAUUAAAGCAUUGCCGGGAAACACAUUGCCACUACUGCUUGAAUGAACUACCAGCGGAUAAAGUCCCAUGUACAUCAUGUUCAAUACCAUGGUAUUGCUCCCAGAAAUGCUGUAUAGAGGCAGGAGGAGAAAUGUGCUGCGAUUACCCAAACAAUCAAAGCAUUCAUAAGUAUCUACCAGAUGACCUUCAGAAGUACAUCGUGGAGGCCACUUUAAUUGCUGAUUCUGAAAGAGGUAAUCAGAUUUCUGAACAUAAGCAUGAAUGUAAAGGUGUACCCUGGCCAGCAGUAUUGCCUUCUGAGAUAGUUUUGGCUGGUCGAGUACUAGUCAACUCUAUAAUCAAAAGAGGAGGUUCCACAGAUAGUAUUAAUCUCGGAGAAAUUUCGGAUCUUUCUCACCAUUAUUCAAAAAUGCCUCCGGAAUCGAAAUUGGAAUUACAUAUAUACUCUGAUGUAUUAUCAUGCUGUCUGCAACAUUGUAAUGGCUUUGAAAUACCAAUAAACGGGAUCUCCAUUUCACAGAUUGUUAUACUUAUAUCCCAAAUUAGGGUGAACUCUAUGACAGUUGUUCGUAUGAAAUUCAUUGACCAGCAUGAACUAGUAGAUCAGUUUGGAAAUCUGUCAUCUUGGGAAGGAGGUCCAACCAGUAAUGUGGAACAGGUCAGAGUAGGUCAAGCUAUCUAUGCAUCAGGAAGCUUGUUCAACCAUUCUUGUCGACCUAACAUCCACGCUUAUUUCCUUUCACGCACUCUUCAUAUACGAACUACAGAAUAUGUCUCAGCAGGGUGUCCCCUUGAAUUGUCCUAUGGUCCACAGGUUGGGCAGUGGGAUUGUAAGGACAGGAUUAAGUUUCUGGAAGAUGAGUACUCAUUUCGAUGUCAGUGCACCGGUUGUUCAAAAAUGAACUUUUCAGACCUAGUGCUAAAUGCAUUUCACUGUGUGAAGCUGAACUGUUCUGGCAUAGUCUUGGAGAGCUCUGUUAUUAACUGUGAAAAAAAGAAACUUAAGCACUUACCGAACAUCAUCAACACUGACAGCAUCGUCUCUCUUCUUCAGGCUGAAGAGCUCAAUAUUGAUGACAUCAAUAAAGCUGCAAAUGAUAUGCAAAUCAAUAGCUUUUACCAGUUAAAUCCUGGCUACUGUCUAAAAUGUGGUUCUUAUCGUGAUCUAGAAUCUUCCUCUGUAGCUGCAAAUAACUGUAUCAGAAGAUUACAGAAUUCAAUAGACUCAAAAAAUGUCUCUAGUACCACGCUUUUGGGUGCUUUAAGUUCUCUUGGUGUGCUGAGAUCAACUUUGCAUGCAUAUAAUAGAAGAAUUGCAGAGGCAGAAGAUAAUCUUGCACAAGCAUUUUGUUUGGUCGGAGAGUUGCAACCUGCAAUGGAGCACUGUAAAGCAUCAAUUGAGAUCCUGGAAAAGCUCUAUAACCGUAAUCACAUUGUUAUUGGAUAUGAACUUGUGAAGCUCUCAUCUAUCCAGUUAUCAUUGCGUGAUAGUGGUGCCGUGGACAGCAUAGAUCGACUCUAUCAAAUAUUUUCAUGUUAUUAUGGAUCACAUACAGACGUCAUUUUCCCAGAUCUUCAAUUCCUCAGAAAAGAGGGGCAGGCCUAUUUUGCCAAGUAUCAACUCACAUGAUUUCAGUCAGCAUAUUCUCUCCUGUUCUGAUCUUUUCUUCUUCAUAGACAGUGAUUGUAACCCUUUGCCAACUUUUUUCAAUGGCUUGCAACCUAAAUACUGUUGCGAGUAAUACAUGUAUGGUGGGUCUGAUAAAGUUUCAGGAUGCAUAACUUUCUUAGGCCAGUGUUGAAUUCCAAAGGAUAGCCCCCUGUCUGUCAAAGCAGUGAGUUGACAGAUUCCUCAGGGCAAAGCCGACAGUCUGGGGCAUUUUACAAUCCUUAGUCUGUAGAGCGACUUUGAGUUUUGCAACCACUCUGGAAAUAGCUUGAGACUAUCACAACCCAGAUAUCUAGGUCUUGCAAAGUGUGUGCACUGUUCAAGCCAAUGGGGCAAAGCCUUCAGACCUGGGUUCUAAGCGACGUUGUGAAAAAAAAAUUAUCAGAUUUUUUAUUUAUUUUAUGAUUUCCACGAUUUUCUGAAAAUUUGGGUCAAGAUAUUUGAGUCC